AUGACAGCCGGGGGAAGGAAAUGCUCCGCCACACGGACGAGCUUGCGCCUUUCCGCUGGUCCUCCAGGUGCGCCCGCCCCCCUCGCCACUGCGCCGCUGCUAAGGGUUCCCCCCAUUCUCCUUGCACUUGCACUCGUCCCCUUCACCUCCCCACCUUUUCUCCGGCCACCCACCCCCGCCGGCCCCUCCUCCCCCCGUCUGCCUCUCUCUCUCUCCGUUCGUUUCGGUCUGCCUUGCGCUGCUCACCUGCAGAACCAUGGGACAGUGUUUAUGUUGUGCACGGCUCAUCUGCAGAACCGCCCGUGGCAAGCAGUGCACGCGUUCUAUGCCAGCCUGGCAGCUGGACACGUGGCGCUCUCCGAUUUGUGUGUGAGGGGGUACCUGAUGGGUAACCAGGUGCAGCUGGUGGUGGCAUUCAAUGGAGGGGCGUUCCACGGGUACCAGAGCCAACAGGGAGCAGUGACUGUGCAGAGAGAUGGAGCAUGGGAGGGGCGCAGCACGGUGCGGCUGGUGGUGGCAUACGAUGGAGGGGCGUUCCAUGGGUAUCAGAGCCAGCAGGGCGCAGUGACUGUGCAGAGGUAUGGUGCAAUGGUGUGCGGUGGUGUGAGUGGGAGACCCAUGCGUUUGUGGGAAGAGGGCAGCUGGUGGGGGGGAAGGUUCGGGAUGGAGGGGCGCAGCACGGUGCGGUUGGUGGUGGCAUACGAUGGGGGGGCGUUUCAUGGAUACCAGAGCCAGCAGGGCGCAGUCACGGUGCAGAGAAAGCAGCUGGGGAGAGCAGGGGCGACGGGUGAGAGUGGGAGGGGCGCAGCACGUUUGCUUGUGCCAAGAAUGCAGCUGGGGAGAGCAGGGGAACAGGGACGGGGAGUGUGGGAGGGGCGCAGCACGGUGCGGUUGGUGGUGGCAUACGAUGGAGGGGCAUUCCACGGGUAUCAGAGCCAGCAGGGAGAAGUCACGGUGCAGAGAAAGCAGCUGGGGAGAGCAGGGGCGACGGGUGAGAGUGGGAGGGGCGCAGCACGUGUGCUUGUGCCAAGAAUGCAGCUGGGGAGAGCAGGGGAACAGGGACGGGGAGUGUGGGAGGGGCGCAGCACGGUGCGGUUGGUGGUGGCAUACGAUGGAGGGGCAUUCCACGGGUAUCAGAGCCAGCAGGGAGAAGUCACGGUGCAGAGAAAGCAGCUGGGGAGAGCAGGGGCGUCGGGUGAGAGUGGGAGGGGCGCAGCACGUGUGCUUGUGCCAAGAAUGCAGCUGGGGAGAGCAGGGGAACAGGGACGGGGAGUGUGGGAGGGGCGCAGCACGGUGCGGUUGGUGGUGGCAUACGAUGGAGGGGCAUUCCACGGGUAUCAGAGCCAGCAGGGAGAAGUCACGGUGCAGAGAAAGCAGCUGGGGAGAGCAGGGGCGUCGGGUGAGAGUGGGAGGGGCGCAGCACGUGUGCUUGUGCCAAGAAUGCAGCUGGGGAGAGCAGGGGAACAGGGACGGGGAGUGUGGGAGGGGCGCAGCACGGUGCAGGUGGUGGUGGCAUACGAUGGAGGGGCGUUCCACGGGUACCAGAGCCAGCAGGGAGCAGUCAAGGUGCAGAGGCAGCUCGGGGGAGCAGGGGAGGGGCGCAGCACGGUGCAGGUGGUGGUGGCAUACGAUGGGGGGGCUUUCCACGGGUAUCAGGGCCAGCAGGGAGCAGUCACGGUGCAGAGGAUACCAUGUGGUGGUGGGAAGAAUGCAUUUGCAGGGAGCAGGGGGGAAGGGUGGGACUGGGAGGGUUGCAGCAACGUUCAGCUGGUGGUGUGUGGUGGGUUAUGGUAUGGCUGUGGGAUGAGGGCAGGUGGGGGUAACAGAGGCACAGGGUGGGACGUUUUGCAAUUUCAGCACCAUUUGAUCAAAGGAGUCGCAGCACGAGACAGGGAGAUUGGAGGGUGGGGCGGAGGGAGGUGUGUGGUGCUGGUGGUGUCGCAGCAACGUUCAGCCAGUGGGGCGCAGGGUGGGACUGGAAGGGCCACAGCACGAAACCAGGAGGAUGCAGGGUGGGUGGGGCUGGGAGGGUUGCAGCAACGUUCAGCCAGUGGUGUGUGGUGGGUUAUGGUGUGGCUGUGGGAUGAGGGAAGCUUGGGGGAGCAGGGGCGCAGGGUGGGUGCGACUGGGGGACUCGCAGCACGAGACCGGAAGGGGUCGAGGGUGGGUGGGAUUGUGAGCACGCUAGAAUCCGCCCUGGCCCCUUUCUGCGAGCACCACCCAAAGAAGCAGAAGGGGACGGCGAGAGGGCAGGGCAGCACUUUGCAUUCAGAAAUCACUCCUCCCUCCCUCCUUCCCCCUCUCCUCGCCCCUGCCCCCACCAGCACUUUAGAAUCCGCCCUGGCCCCUUUCUGCGAGCACCACCCAAAGAAGCAGAAGGGGAGGGCGAGGGGGCAGGGCGGCAGCAAGGCAUGGAAGGAGCGACGAGAGAAGAAGGGAGGGGUGAAGCGGACAGGGGAGGAGGGGCCGGAGGAGCAAAGGGAGGAGGGGCAGGAGAAGCGAAUGGAGGAGGGGCAGGAGAAGCAAAGGGAGGAGGAGCAGGAGAAUGGGGACUUGGAGAUUCUGAGGGGGGAGUGUGACAAGGGGGGUGGGCUGAAGGUUACAAGGGCAGCAGUGGUGGUGGCAGGGAGGACUGACAAGGGGGUGCAUGCAGCAGGGCAAGUGUGCGCCUUCCGUGAGUCUCUUUCUCUAUCAUCCCUCGAUAGCUUUGCUGUGUUGGGCUCUUUACACGCGGAAGCACCCCCUUGGAUCUCACAGCAGUCACUGCGGCUGUCAAUGCAGACAUGGAUUUCAUCUCAGUUUCCCUCGCUCCCUCUCUUCCGCCCCCUCCUCUCCCUUCCCUCUCUCCCAACCCCACCAGACACAUGGAAGCACCCCCUGGAUCUCACAGCGGUAGCUGCAGCUGCUGAUGCAAACAUGUGCUAUCAGCCCUCCCCCUUUUCCCCGCUCAUCCCUUCCCCUCCACUCCCCGUCCUCACCCCUCCCCUGCAAUCAGACACGUGGAAAGACCCCCUGGAUCUCACAGCAGUAGCUGCAGCGAGAGAGGCUAACACGUGGAAGGACCCUCUCGAUCUCACAGCAGUUGGCGCAGCUGUUGAUGCAGCAACAGAGGGCAGUUUAAGAGUUAUCAGCAUUUCCAAGAUUGCAUUGCCUGCUCCACUCUUCCCAGUUCUCAAUGUCUCUCCCUUUCCCUCCGUGACCCGCAGGUCCCUCGCUCCUUCCAUCCGUUCCUCGAUCCUUCCACCCUCAAUUCUCCGCUCGCUGGCGCCGAUACCUCUACCUGCUGCCGCUGCUGCCAUGGGAGGGAUGUGCUGCACACCCCUCCCACACGGCGGGAGCGGCGCUGGGCACACUGCAGUGGGAGGUGUGCAGUGCCGACUCGACAAGGCGGUGUGCCUGCGUUCAAAGACCGAAUGGAACAGGGAGAUCAGAGCUUGA